UAACCGUAGGAGUCAGCGUAGAAAUCAGCGUAGAAAUAAAAUUCUCCGGCGUAGUGUGGACGUGCCCUAAAUAUAAUGACAGGACAAUAGACACGACUUCUGAUUGGCUAAUUCCAAAUACUGACUUUGUUUCCUGUCACGGGUUGUCACGAGUCGUUAGGGACGGUCGUCACGGGAUUUUUGACCGUCACGGGUUAUGCAAAGCUUCCUCUGGACUGCUUCAUUAUGUUUUUCUCUCAAAAACAUAGAAAGGGCUUUUGCAAACGCUCGUCGGACGCUAUAAAGAUAGUAGUCUGCACCCCCGCGGGUAAACACGUGCCGUAUUCGCGAAGAAGACAUGGCGGACAUUGAUGAGCUUGUACCUCUUUUACCAGAACGAAAUGUGGUCUGCUUCAAUCCAAGCAGAGGUCCGUUUCGUUUCUUUCUUCUUAUGUUCACGUGUUUGUUAACAUUUGGAUCAUACUUUUGUUUUGAUAUGCCAAGUGUAUUACAAACAACGUUCACAGCGCCAUUACAUCCCAACAGCACAGGAAACUGUACAACUGUGGAUGGUGAACCAGCUGAACUUGUGAAUGUCAAUGGAACCAACUGUACCAGUGGUCUGGGACUGAGUGAAACUCAGUUUAAUCUGCUCUACGCCAUAUAUGCCUGGACAAAUGUUAUUGUGGUUGUUCUCGCUGGCAUUCUAGUUGACAAACUGGGAAAUCCAAUUGGAGUUAUGUUGUUUUCAUCCAUGUGUCUGGCUGGUACAUCUGUGUUUGCUAUCGGCUUGUACUUCAAAGGGACAUCAACUAUGCUCCCACUUUUCUUACUGGGAAGAAUACUUUUUGGAUCUGGAACUGGUGGAUUAACAGUUGUCCAAAACAGGGUAGUUGCCAUCUGGUUCAAAGGGAAGGAGCUUGCAUUUGCUUUUGGAUGUCUUUUGGCAGUUUCAAGACUUGGAAGCGUGUUAAACUUCUUCCUGACAGAAAGCUUUCGUGAAAAGUAUGGUCUUCGGUGGACUUUGUGGGGAGGAGCCUUUCUGUGUGGGGCUGAUGUCUUUUGUGCAGUUAUGAUAUCAAUGCUGGAAGUUAUUGGAAUGAAACAGUUGAAGAAGAAAAUAGAGAAGACUGAAUCAAAAAGAAUGAGACUGUCAGAUAUCAAGCACUUGUCAUCCACUUACUGGCUUCUGACAAUAUGUCUCAUGUUCUUUUACACUGGAGUCUUACCAUUCAUGUCUGAUGCCAGCAAAUUCAUUUAUGUGAAUUACAAGGCGACAUUUGACUUUACCAAGAAAGAGUCUUCAUACAUUGCUGGAAGUGUUUAUUUUGUGUCCAUGAUCCUUGCUCCUGGAUUGGGCUUAGUUGUGGAUAAGUUUGGGAGGCGAGGGAUUCUGAUAUUUCUUUGUACAACCUUGACAAUCCCUGUGUAUGGAAUUUUGGCGUUUGCACCAAGUGUUCAUCCUCUAGUUGCCACCAUCUGGCUUGGCUUCACUUACUCUAUAGCUGCUGCAUCUCUUUGGCCAUCAUUCCCUCUUGUCGUAGAACAGGCAACUAUUGGAACUGCUAUAGGGAUAACGUGCUCUUUUCAGAUGAUCGGUGUGGGGAUAACAAACAUCAUUGUUGGAAAAAUGCUUGAUGUUAUAACAUCUGUGCACAAGUGGAAGUACGUUGUGAUUUUUCUCUUGGGUAAUACUUUGACCUCUGUUGUCUUGGCUGUUUUGGUAAACAUCAAUGACAGAAGAAAGGGUGGGAUUUUAAAUCGAUCUUCAAGAAAAGAAGACGAUGCCUGAAGCUUUCACGAGCAAUGUGAUAGGCCUUCUAAAGCUGUAUUUAUAAAUGGUUACCUGGGGUGCUUUUCGCUAUGCUGGACCGACCGGCCAGAGAUCAGCGGGACUAAGCAGAGAAAAAUGGACCGGCAUUUUCCGAUCAAACCGGGCCAGCAGAGAGGAAUGGCUCUUACUAUUUUCUAUUCCUUUCCCUAAUCCCUCAUAUAAAUGAAAAGUAGGGCAACGAACUGGUUUGUCAUUUUGGAACCGCAAAUUUCGUUCCGACUAUCCGACCGAAGUGGUCCACCUCCAGAGAUAGUCCCAAGACGGACGUUCCAUUUCACUUCUGACCGAAAUUUGCGGAAUUUUUGGCACAAAACCGAAACCGUAACCUAAUUUCAUUAGCAAAACCAAUUCAGAUGUAUAUGGCCAUUUUCUAAGCAUGUAUAGUUUCUUUAGUCACCUGUCUUUUACUUUAUUGUAAAACAGUGUUUUAGUAUUGUGCUGUAAAAAUAUUUCUUUUGUUUGUUUUCUUUACAAUUGAUAGUAAAAAAAGAAAUUAGCAAAUUCA